AUGUUGACCGAUUUAACUGGUUUCCGUUUUCUGGAGUUACCGGUUCUAGUAACCGAAUGUGUUUUAAGCACAAUGCACCCAAUAGAAAUUAUCAACUUUGCAAAAUCCCAUCCAACCUGCGAUAAAAUUACAUACUCGUUGUUCAAAAGACAUAGAUAUUUCAUCAGUCUCGAAAUAGGGAAAAUACCACGAAUUUGGUUUCGCCGACCUGGCUUCCACUACGUUUCUGAAGCACAGAAUAGCGAACCAAAUCAAACACCUAUUCAAUGUUUGAAGAUAAUACAAGAACUGUUCGAUGAUUCGACUUGUAUUCUCAACUCAAAACUCACAAAUGUCGUGUUUUCUAUAGAUAGUUUCUGUAGUACUGAUAACAAAAACACUAUUGAUUGGCUGAAGUCAAGAUCGUCUGGUACUAUGAUUUUGGCCUGUAUUGAAGGAGAAAACGUGGAAGAGGAUUUGAACUACUUCUUGCAAGAAAUCAAAAUCACCAAAGCUCUCGCUAUUCAUGUUUCUGGCUUAAAGAACUUGCUUCCGGGAAUUCCAAGAGAUCUGGAAUACUUGGAAAUACUACAUGGGCAAUGGAUCACAUUGGAUAUACUUUUAAGUUUCAAUUUUGCCGAACUUCAAAUGCAAAACUUAGUGCUUACCAACCAAGACUGGAACAUGUUCUUCCAAAAAUGGAUGAAAUCAGAAUGUCAUUUGAAACUGAAAUCUGUCAAAGCUCAACUCAAUGAAGAAGGAGUUCUGGAGAAUAUUUUGGAGGGAAUCGAUUUCACAUAUAUUAACAGUCCUAAAGAAUUUUCAAAACAGGAAGGAAAUGUCGUUUUAUUGCAUUCUGGAGUCAAAAUAGUUCGUAACGAUGAAGUUGUAGCCUCAAUAUUCCAACUUUUAAUAGAAGGCAGUUUGGCAAUUUUGAUGGAAGUUCUAAGGAAGUAA